AUGGCACCAAGUAACAUACCAAUAAUUACCACUUGUGUCUUCAUUCUUUUGUGUGUCACAUGUACCAAUGCUGUCCAGAGUGAUAUUGAUUGCCUUAAAGCCUUUAAAGCUUCAAUUCAAGAUCCAGAAAACGUCUUAACUACAUGGGAUUUUAAUAACAAUACCGAAGGAUACAUCUGCAAGUUUGCAGGCAUCGAAUGCUGGCAUCCUGAUGAAAACAAGGUUCUAAAUAUAAAACUCCCAGACAUGGGACUCAAGGGCACAUUACCUCUUGCACUCCAGAAUUGUACCUCAAUGACAGGAUUAGAUCUUUCUAGCAACAACUUUUUUGGAAAUCUCCCAACCAACAUGACAAAAAUUCUAGGGUUUGUGACAACUCUCGAUCUAUCUUCAAACAAUUUCUCAGGGGAAAUCCCUGCAAGCUUUGCAAACUGUUCUUAUCUUAAUGUUCUCAGACUCGGUAACAACCGGUUUUCGGGUCAGAUUCCUUUAGAAUUACGUAACCUUAAUCGCCUCAAAGAGUUUAGUGUUGUUAACAAUCAAUUAUCUGGUCAAGUUCCAUAUUUCCAAAAUGGUACAGAAGCAAGCUACACGGGUAAUCCAGGGUUAUGUGGGCGUCCUGUUUUGUCCCCUUGUCCAGGAACUGUUAAAAAAUCCAAUACGGGUGUCAUUGUGGGGGCCGCUGUUGGUGGGGCCACUAUUGCUGCGUUAAUUGUAGUUUUUGGAAUGAUGUUCUUUAUGCGUAAGGUUGUUAGGAAAAGGAAAGAUGAUGAUCCAGAUGGAAAUAAAUGGGCCAAGAGUAUUAAAGGAGCUAAAACCAUCAAGCUUUCCAUGUUUGAAAACCCGGUUUCCAAGAUGCGAUUGAGCGAUCUAAUGAAAGCCACCAACAGUUUUAGCAAAGAUAAUAUCAUCGGGUCAGGAAGAACCGGGUGUUUAUACAAAGCAGAAUUCGAAGAUGGCAGUUUACUUAUGAUCAAAAGAUUACAAGACACUCAACAUUCCGAAAAGGAAUUCGCAUCCGAAAUGUCAACCCUCGGAAAAGUCAAACACCGAAACUUAGUUUCACUUUUAGGGUUUUGUGUCGCGAAAAAAGAACGCCUUUUAGUCUACAAAUACAUGGCAAACGGUAACCUCCACGACAAACUCCAUCUAUUGGAAAAUGACACAAAACCCCUCGAUUGGCCUUCGAGGCUAAAAAUCGGAAUCGGAAUAGCCAAAGGGUUAGCAUGGCUCCACCAUAACUGCAACCCGCGUAUCCUUCACCGUAACAUAAGUUCAAAAUGCAUUCUACUGGAUUCCGACCUCGAACCCAGAAUCUCUGAUUUUGGGCUCGCAAGGCUCAUGAAUCCAGUAGAUACGCAUUUGAGUACUUUUGUAAACGGGGAAUUCGGCGAUUUGGGAUAUGUGGCCCCCGAAUACGCGCGUACCCUCGUGGCCACCCCAAAAGGCGAUGUGUAUAGUUUUGGGGUUGUCCUUUUGGAAUUGGUGACUGGUGAAAGACCGACACAUAUCAGUAAAGCUCCAGAAACUUUUAAGGGGAGUUUGGCUGAAUGGGUUAUUGAGUUAUCGUCUGAAGGGAGACUUCAGGACUCGAUUGAUAAGUCGUUGGUUGAAAAAAGAAAUGAAAGUGAGGUUUUCCAGUUUUUGAAAGUGGCGUGUAAUUGUGUGGUCCCGGCUCAUAAGGAGAGGCCCUCGAUGUUUGAAGUGUAUCAGUUGUUACGGGCGAUUGGUGCGCGGUAUAAUUUUUCAGCGGAUGAUGAGGUGUUGAUGAUGCCGAGUGAUAGUGGUGAUGGUGGUCAUAUUGAACUUAUUGUUGCUGGUGGUGUACAGAAGGAGUUUUGAAGAUAAGGUAUGAUUUAUAUGUAAUUAAUUUGUUAGUUAGUUUGUUGUUGUUGUUGAAAAUAUAUAGAUACAUAUGUUUACAGAUUAUGGUGUCCGU